GAAAUGAGGAAUCAUUCAAUGUGGACAGAGUUCAUUCUUUUGGGUCUGACAGAUGACCCUAAGAUGCAAAUUGUAAUUUUUGUCUUUCUCUUUUUGACCUACAUGUUGAGUGUGACAGGAAACCUAACCAUCAUCAUACUCACUCUGCUGGAUUCCCACCUUAAGACACCCAUGUAUUUCUUCCUACGGAAUUUCUCCUUUUUAGAAGUGUCCUUCACAUCUGUAUGUAUUCCAAGGUUCUUAGUGAGCCUUGUGACAAAGGAGAGAACUAUUUCCUAUAUGAGUUGCAUGACUCAGCUGUUUUUCUUUAUUUUCUUGGGAGUAACUGAAUUUUAUCUUCUAGCUGCUAUGUCCUAUGAUCGUUACGUGGCCAUAUGUAAACCCCUGCAUUAUACCACCAUCAUGAGCAACAGAGUUUGCUACCAGCUUGUUCUCAGCUCUUGGGUAACUGCAUUCCUGAUUAUCUUUCCUCCAGUGAUCAUGGGACUCAAGUUGGAAUUCUGUGAUUCCAAUACCAUUGAUCAUUUCAUUUGUGAUUCUUCUCCCAUCUUGCAGAUUUCAUGUUCAGACACACAUUUCCUGGAGCUGAUGUCUUUUAUGCUGGCAGUGGUAACAUUAAUGGUCACACUAUUGUUAGUGAUUCUCUCCUAUGGCUACAUCAUCAAGACAAUUCUUAAAUUUCCUUCUGCUCAACAAAGGUCCAAAGCCUUUUCGACCUGUUCUUCCCAUAUGAUUGUAGUCUCCAUCUCUUAUGGUAGCUGCAUCUUCAUGUACAUAAAACCAUCAGCAAAUGACAGAGUAACUUUAAGCAAAGGAGUGGCCGUGCUCAAUACUUCAGUUGCCCCUUUAUUAAAUCCUUUCAUUUAUACCCUAAGAAACCAGCAAGUGAAGCAGGCUUUUAAGAACAUGGUCCAGAAAGUUUUAUUUUCAUCAAACAAAUGA